AAUGGUUUCAACAACCGAGGGCACCAUUUCUCAUUGCAGCUCCGUCGAUCUCACCCAACAUCAACGCAACAACAAUUUUCACUUUCCUCUCCCUCAUCGACAACCUACCAACUUGACGCCCAGUCACUUGUAAGCGCACGCAAUGGGUCAAAACCAGUCGGGUCUGCCUGGCGGUCCUCCCGGCGGGGAUAAGGGAAAGGAUGCAGACAAGGAUAAGCAAAAGGAGAAGAAGAAGUGGGAGCCCCCGAUUCCGACGAGAGUAGGCAAGAAGAAGAGAAAGGGACCCGACGCGGCCCACAAACUGCCUCCAGUGUUCCCAACCACACGUUGUAAACUGAAGCUUUUGAAGAUGGAGCGCAUCAAGGAUUAUCUAUUGAUGCAGGAGGAAUUUGUGAUAAAUCAAGAACAGCUGAAGCCUCAGGAAGACAAGGCACAGGAGGAACGCUCCCGAGUAGAUAGUCUCCGAGGAAGCCCAAUGCACGUUGGCACUCUCGAAGAAAUUAUUGACGAUGACCACGCAAUCGUGUCUGCGUCAACUGGCCCAGAAUACUAUGUCAGCAUCAUGUCUUUUGUGGAUAAGGAUGUCCUUGAGCCAGGGUGUUCUAUAUUGAUGCACCAUAAGGGGCUCUCUGUUGUGGGUGUACUUGCUGAUGAUACCGACCCAGCUGUGAGCGUGAUGAAGGUCGAGAAGGCGCCCACCGAAUCAUAUGCCGAUGUUGGCGGUCUAGAACAGCAGAUUCAGGAAAUCAAGGAAGCUGUAGAAUUGCCUCUGACACAUCCGGAAUUGUAUGAAGAGAUGGGUAUCAAACCACCAAAGGGUGUGAUUCUCUACGGAAGUCCCGGCACUGGCAAGACGCUGCUCGCCAAAGCUGUUGCGAACCAAACAUCUGCAACUUUCCUGCGUAUCGUUGGAUCAGAAUUGAUUCAAAAGUACCUCGGCGACGGACCAAAAUUGGUUCGUGAGCUUUUCCGCGUUGCUGAGGAACAUGCUCCUUCGAUCGUUUUUAUUGAUGAAAUUGACGCUGUUGGAACGAAACGAUAUGAUUCUACAUCUGGUGGUGAGAGGGAAAUUCAACGGACCAUGUUGGAGCUUUUGAACCAGCUUGACGGAUUUGAUUCUCGUGGGGAUGUGAAGGUAAUCAUGGCUACCAACCGUAUUGAAUCCCUUGACCCCGCCUUGAUUCGUCCCGGCCGAAUUGACCGUAAAAUCGAGUUCCCUCUUCCUGAUGUGAAAACCAAACGUCGCAUCUUUGGCAUUCAUACUGGAAGAAUGACACUCGGUGAUGAUGUCGAUUUGGAAGAGUUUGUUAUGGCUAAAGAUGACCUUUCGGGGGCUGAUAUCAAGGCUAUCUGUACCGAAGCUGGUCUCUUGGCCCUACGCGAGCGUCGUAUGAAGGUGGUGGUGGAUGAUUUUAGGAAAGCAAAGGAGAAGGUUCUGUACAGGAAGAACGAGGGGACACCUGAGGGCCUUUACUUGUAAGGCGUACAAGCCUGUGCUGUGAAAGAAUGAUACAUAUAUUUGAACAGAUUUGGGACAACGGCAGAGAUUUUCGUCUGCUUGACCUCUACCCAGUGCCAAAGGCAUAUCAGAA